CUGAUUGUAAUGAAUAGUGCGUGGGAGGGGUGGGCGCUGUCUAUAGGAAAACACGAGGCCGUGUCUGCCCGCGGCCAUCUUUCUACACCCAGGGAGGCGGAAGCACGUGGGGUCACAGGAAGUUGAUGGCUGCUGACAGAGGGCAAAGUAUCCUGAACUAAUUGAAAGCUCAGCCAUGGCGUUGACCAAAUACUCUGUUCUUCGUACAUUGAACGGGCUAUUUUCUGUAUAUAAACCACCCGGUGUUAUCUGGAAGAAUGUGCGUGACACACUGGAGAUGACAUUGCUGAAAGAAUUGAACUCUCCCCAUGAACUUUCAUAUCAGCAAAAUAUGCUUUUCCUCCCAGAAAGCAGUGCAGGCUGCCGUGGGGUAGAACUAACCAAGGUGAUCACAUCUGUCCCAUCUUUAGUUGACCAUGUUUUGGUUAAAGGGCCAGCCUACACUUUCCUGAAGAUUGGUGUAGGACACAAACUUGACAAGAUGUCAUCUGGGGUCUUGGUGUUUGGACUUGGUGAUGGAGCCAAGUUUCUCUCCGUCAUGGAUGAGAAUCAUCAUACCAGGGAUUACACAGUUUUUGGUACAUUUGGCAAAGCUACUGCAGAUUUUACAGAUGCUGGAAAAAUGGUUGAAAAGACAACAUUUGAUCAUAUUAGCAGAGAGAAAUUUGAACGUGUGCUUGCCAUGAUUCAAGGAGCCCACCAAAAGUCUUUGAUAAUGCACAGUAAUGUGGAUCUUAAAAGCGAGGAAGCAUAUGACUUGGCAGUACAAGGCCAGCUCCGUCCUAAGGUGAAGAGCCCGCCUCUGAUACUGGCAAUGCGAUGUUUGCAGUUUUCUCCACCUGACUUUACUCUAGAGAUCCGGUGCAUGCAUGAAACUCAGAAGUAUCUCCGCAAAGUAAUCCAUGAGAUUGGGCUGGAGCUCAGAUCCACUGCAGUCUGCAAUAAAGUGCGUUGUAUACGGGAUGGCCCUUUUACAUUGGACUGUGCUUUGACACGAGCACAUUGGAAUCUGGACAGUGUGUGCAAUGCCAUUAAAGAAUGCCAACCCAAAGUUGAAGAAAUCUUGAAAGAAAGGAUGGACAUUUCCUUGAAGAACACAAAUUCAGAGGAGUCACACAGCCACAGUGAUAGAAGGACUCGGUCAAGCUGAGACAGUUCAUAGUCCACAGCUGAAAAGCAUUUAUGUGUACAUUUUAACUUAAAGAAUUGUAGUAUGCAGUACAGGUAUUCUUGUGGGCACAUCUACUGUAUUGCACAGGCACUAAAACCACUCUACCAUUUGCUAGGGAAAUUUCACUAAAUUACCUACCUGCUCAUUGUA